AUGGCGGCGGGAGGCGUGUGGGUGUUCCGGAAGGACGGCGUGAUGGAGCAGGACGCAUCGACGACGGCGAAGAGCAAGGCGCUGGUGUACAUGCCGGCCAACGAGCCGAUGAGGUCGCUGCCGGCGCUGGAGCGGCGGCUGGGGUCGCUCGGGUGGGAGCGCUACUACGAGAACAUCGCCGUGGUGCAGCUUCACAGGCCGGACGGCGGCCUCGACCUCAUCACUCUCCCGCGCGACUUCGCCAGGCUGCGCUCCACCCACAUGUACGACGUCGUCAUCAAGAACCGAGGCCACUUCAGGGUCGUCGACCACGUCUACUAAUGUGCACUUUGCACUAAAGCCGCCCAAUUAGUAAGCUAUACUAAGCAUAUGUAGCAUGAGUAAGCCUAUAGCUAGCAUAUGAAGGCGUCUCUGACGACUUCGCCAACUUCAAGAUGUUAUCCGUAUCAGCUCAGUAUCUCUUUUUUUUCGGUGUAUCGGCUCAGUAUCUCGCAGAUGCUCAUAAAGGUAAGGUGUG